UUAUGAUUAGUGCACAAUUUAUGAUUAUGUUUACGUUUUCUUUUAUUAAUAAAAUGACAAAAAUAUGUUUAGAAAAAAGUACAUAACACUGAGUUAGAAAGAAAUAUAAUGUGUAGAUCUGGCCGUGAGGCACGUGCGCAGACACGGGCAGGGGGCUGCGGUAUAGGAGGGGAACGCUUUGUUUAUAUCGGUGGGUGGCUGCAGUAAGGAAGGGGUUAAGAGAGCCUUUCCCUUCUGUCACCCGAAGACAAGUACACGCCAUCGUCGCGAACUGCGAAAUGUGCCAAUCCAUCGACCCAGCACCUGUUAAGUGGAGGAAAGGUUCCCUGGAUGUAGGAGAAGCGUGGCAGCAGUUCCAUAGAAGAGGUGGUGUAUCUAUACAAUUUGAGGCCUCAGGAUGACUGCACGCCAUCAACUGCCCCCACCAACAUGCUGUAUCAGUAUCCUGUCAGGGUUCGGGGGGUGGACCCCUGUGAGGUUGGAGAGCUAGAGGUGGGAGAAGAGGUAUGGGUGAAGCUGCCAAAUGCUCGGUGCGAUGAACGUCAUAAAAAAGGUAUGGUCACCAAUGUUAUCUCUGAACAGGCUGUUGAGGUUGAUGGGUUGCCCCGUCAUGUCAAAGAUCUUCACCGCGUCACAUCACAGCAACCAGCGGCUGAGAUAACCGCUAGCAGGACCAAUGAAGAGGAGCUACUUGUUGAACUACAGAGCCAAGCUGACACAGGUGAUGAGGUUGACAUGGAGGACAAAGAAGAGGAAGAGGAAGAGGAAGAACAAGAGCAAGAGCCUGCUGAGCGUGUGUUGCCAAGAUGGUCGUCAAGAGUUAGAAUACCACGAGUAGUGUGCGAACUUUGUGAUUAGUAUAUCAGGGGGGAGUGUGUCUGAAUUUGUUCAUAGGUUGUUUGUAUGUAUGUUAAGCUAUAUUUUCUAUAUCUUUGUAUUGGUAUUUGGGGAAGAAUGUGCGAGUGAAGCACUAGUGUUUCGUACGAGAUGGAGUGGAGUGAAGCACUAGUGUUUCGUAUGAGCUGGAGCAGAGGUGAGGAAUGAAAGUAGAGGUUGACAGGCAGCAAAGCGGGAAGAACCACCGCUUCAGCCGCAGAUCUGACCGCCCCACACUCCACCAACCGCCUACCUCGCCCUGUCGCUGUUCCUAUUGCUGUCACUAUUACUCCAAGCCUGGUUCCUGUGUUCGCCCACCUACCUCGUUAUAAUAAAGUGGGAAACUAAGGACUGCUUUGAUUACUGCCACAUGUUUUUCACUAUUAUUGACAACAUUAAUUUACG